AUGUUCCAUGAAGCCUUUGAGCGCUUUAAUAUGAUGAUCAAAAAUUGUCCACAUCAUGGAAUUGAGCUUUGGGAAUUGAUGAAUGCUUUCCAUGAAGGUUUGUGUGCCGAAGAUGCACGAGAUUUGAUGUCCAUCACAAAUGGAACUUUCGGCACAAACUAUGAAUAUGAGGAUUGGGAAUUUUUGGAGCAAAUGGCAAUCACCUCAAAGAGGAAGGCGCAAGCAUCAAGGAGAGCACGACCGGCCGUUACUCGAACACAAGUGCACGCGGUUGAUGACGAUUUUAUAGAUGGCUAUGACCCGAAGGUGUUCGAAGAAGAAAUUUUGGGCUCUUGUGUUUGUGAUAUGUCUUUGCAGGUUCAUACAUGCGAGCUAGAGGUUGAAGAGAAGGAGCAAGAAGCUCUCGCGGUGAAAGAAGGAAGUCCACCAUGGACUUAUCAAACGGAUACAUUACCGGUGGAAAUUGAUUCGGGCACAAAGCCUUCUUUGGAAAGUCCACCAAGUGUAGAGUUGAAGGAGCUACCAAAGCACCUAAAGUAUGCAUUCUUGGGGGAGAAUGAUACCUUACCGGUAAUCAUUGCUUCCAACUUAGAGGUAGCUCAAGAGGAAGAAUUGAUGCGGGUGUUGAAGGCUCAUAAGGCGGCGAUUGGGUGGACGAUAGCCGAUUUAAAAGGUAUUAGUCCAUCCAUUGUGAUGCACAAGAUUAUUACAAGCGAGGAUGCAAAGCCGACCCGUGAAACACAAAGAAGGUUAAAUCCGAAUUUGAGAGAAGUGGUGAAGAAAGAAGUCAUCAAGUGGUUGGAUGCGGGGAUCAUUUACCCCAUUUCGGAUAGUGCAUGGGUAAGUCCGACACAGGUAGUGCCUAAAAAAUCCGGCAUCCAAGUAGUGAAAGAUGAACAAGGUGAGCAAAUCGCCACCCGCCCGGUAACCGGGUGGCGAGUGUGUAUUGAUUAUCGCAAAUUAAACGCGGCUACCUCAAAAGACCAUUUCCCGUUACCCUUCAUUGACCAAAUAAUUGAAAAACUUUCCGGUCAAAAAUAUUAUUGCUUUUUGGAUGGGUAUUCGGGAUAUAACCAAAUUGCUAUUCACCCGGACGACCAACACAAAACCACGUUUACAUGUCCAUAUGGUACAUUUGCUUUUCGGCGAAUGCCAUUUGGACUAUGUAACGCCCCCGCCACAUUCCAAAGAUGUAUGAUGAGUAUAUUUUCGGAUAUGGUCGGGGAGUCUCUUGAAGUAUUUAUGGACGAUUUUUCCAUUUUUGGUCCAAGUUUUGACUCUUGUCUUAAUGAAUUAGAAAAAGUUUUAAAAAGGUGUGUAGACAAAGCAAAGAUUCGGGUAAUUUCAUCUUUACCCCCACCAAAGAAUGUAAAGGGGGUGAGAUCUUUUUUGGGACAUGCGGGGUUUUACCGAAGGUUUAUUAAAGGCUUUAGUGUGAUCACAAAACCUUUAUGUAACUUAUUAUUAAAAGAUGUUCCCUUUGAUUUUACUGAUGAAUGUUUGCAAGCGUUUCAUGUUUUGAAGGAACAGUUGGUGAAGGCUCCCAUUUUGCAACCACCGGAUUGGUCAAAGCCGUUCGAGAUUAUGUGUGAUGCUAGUGAUACAACUAUUGGAGCGGUUUUGGGGCAAAGGGUAGAUAAAAAGCCGGUGGUGAUAUACUAUGCAAGCAAAACAUUGUCCGAGGCGCAACUUAAUUACACCACAACCGAGAAAGAAUUAUUAGCGGUGGUAUAUGCCUUGGACAAGUUUCGAUCUUAUAUUUGGGGAAGCAAGGUGAUAGUGUAUUCGGAUCAUAGCGCGGUCCGAUAUUUGAUGGAAAAGAAGGAUGCAAAACCCCGGUUGAUUCGUUGGGUGCUUCUACUACAAGAAUUCGAUCUUGAGAUUCGGGACAAAAAAGGGUGUGAAAAUGUUGUUGCGGAUCAUUUGUCCCGAAUCCCGUUGGAAGGUGUCGAUGACCCAAGUCAAAUAAAUGAACGGUUCCCCGAUGAAGACUUGUUGGCCGUCUCCACUUAUGUUGCACCUUGGUAUGCCCAUUAUGUCAAUUAUUUGGCUAAGGGUGCAAUUCCAAGUCAUUGGACUAGGAAGAGACGACAACAAUUUCUUAGUCAAGUGAAGCAAUACAUAUGGGACGAACCCGACUUGUUCAAAAUUGGAGCCGAUCAAGUGAUACGAAGAUGUGUUCCCGAAACGGAAUAUGCCCGGAAUUGCAUCAAUUGUCAAAGAAUGGGAAGUAUUUCGAAACGUGAUGAAAUGCCGUUAAACCCAAUUUUGGUAGUAGAAGUAUUUGAUGUUUGGGGAAUUGACUUCAUGGGUCCUUUCCCAAACUCAAAUGGGUUCUUAUACAUUUUGGUGGCGGUCGAUUACGUGUCGAAAUGGAUUGAAGCUAUUGCCACAAGGACCAAUGAUCACUCCGUUGUUUGUAAGUUUGUGCAAUCUAAUAUUUUUGCUCGUUUUGGUGUGCCUAGGGUGAUAAUAAGUGAUGGCGGGUCACAUUUCAAGAAUUUCAAUUUUGGGAAGUUGCUCAAGAGAUACAAUGUGAACCACCGCGUUGCUACACCAUACCACCCACAAACGAGUGGUCAAGUCGAAGUUUCUAACCGGCAAAUUAAAGAGAUUUUAAUGAAGACGGUGAGAACGGAUCGGAAGGAUUGGUCAAGCAAGCUUGACGAUGCGUUGUGGGCCUAUCGAACGGCUUACAAAACUCCACUUGAUACCACUCCUUAUCGGAUGGUUUAUGGGAAAGGAUGUCACUUGCCUAUGGAGUUGGCACACCGGGCGUAUUGGGCAAUUAAAACAGUGAACGCAAACUAUGAUGAAGCGGGUCGGGCGAGAAAGCUUCAAUUGAAUGAAAUAGAGGAAAUAAGGGACCAAGCUUAUGAAUGUGCAGCCGCAUACAAAGACAAACUUAAAAAAGUUCAUGAUGCGAAGAUUAAGAAAAAGAACUUUGAAGUGGGUCAGAAAGUGUGGUUGUAUAAUUCAAGGUUGAAAUUGUUUGCGGGGAAACUGAAAAGCAAGUGGAUGGGUCCUUACGUUGUCCGAAGAGUGGGAAGGUUCGGAGAUGUUGAUAUUCAAGACGAACGAACAAACAAGCAACAAACGGUUAACGGGCAUCGCCUCAAACCGUACUUGGAAGGGAAUGAUAUCAACAACCUUGAACUAGAUAAAGUGGGCUACAUUUUACGCCCAGUGGAUGAUGAGGAAACGUGA